UCUCCCUAGUUCAGGCAGAGGACGGCUACCUCAUCCUGGGCUGGUUCCUAGACGACCAGACAGUGGACCUAAGUCUGGGUGAGCCUUAGGCAGCUGCACCCUUUGUAGCCCAUCUGAACUCCUGCCACCGUUGCAACAGCCACUCGGAUGAAACACUUGGGGACCGAGUGGUCAGGCAGGUCUCGCCUUUGUGAAACAGAGGAGGAAAACGCACGCCUGGAGAAGUUCGUGCCCAUCUUCCGCUGGUGACUUUCCCAACUCCCCGCUCUGCGCGCGAUGGUUCCGUGGACGCCCUGCUGACGGAGAAAUGCUGAGAAAGCCGACCUUUGGACAGACACUGCGCUGUUUCUUACACACUUAUCACCUGUUUGCCUCCGGGACAACCUGCUUGAACUUACUUCCCUGAGAACCCCAGGAAGGGGGCAGUUGGACGGGAAGCGACCGACCAAAGGUGCCAGUGACAUUUCUUCGGUUUCCAGUGUGAAUUACAGAAAACAGCAGCAGUUUCGUGAGUAGCCGCGAUUCUAUUGUCAGAUGACAGGCAGUAGCUGUGACUACGGAUCCAGAUGCACACAGCAGAUGUGAAAGCCAGGCUGCUGUCCUUGGAGAUGAAGGUCUGGAGCAGGGACCCCCAGUUACCGGCGUGAAUGGGGGUUUGAGCCAGGCUGCCCACCCCAAGAACAUGACAACAGCCCAGGAUGGCCAUGGGCAAGGUGCCACAGCCACUUGUUCAGCCUCCAACCCAAAGGCCCCGAAAAUGGUGACAUCCUCAGCAUGUCAGAAUGGAGGCUGCAAAAGCAGCCCCAGCAGUGAUCCCGAAGCCGGGGAAACCAGGCUCAGCCCAUCGAAGCUGGUACGUCUCUUCUCUGGUAGUCGGAAGAGGAUGAAUUCGAACUCUGAGAGACCUCGCUCAGUCGUCCUUGUGGGGAAUUCCUCCACGUGGAAUGCCCUGGCCUCCUUCCGUAAAAUGGGCUCCUUUAAAAGACUAAAAUCUUCUGUCCUUCAAGGAAUUCAGAACCGGGAGGGGGCAGAAGUUUCCAAGGAGGAGCCUACAGGAGACCCAGGAAGGGCUGCUCCCAAUGGCACCGUUGCCAUCCUGGGAAAGGGCCUGGGCAGGUGUACAUCCUUGGGCCCUGUAGGAGAUGGCGCCGGGUCUGACUGCUCAGACCCCGAGGACACGGAGGACGCCUUCCAGAGGAGCACACACCGUUCUCGCAGCAUCCGCAGGGCCUAUGGCCUGGGCCGCAUCAGCCUGCUGGACCUGGGGCGGCAGCCAGUGCCGGAGCCCGCCGUGUGUGAGAUCCAAGUUCGAGACCCUGAACCCAGCAGGGCUGUGCCUCUGCCACGCAGAAGCAAGAGCAUCGACAGCUUGAGCGUCCUGAAGAGCUCCUUCAAGCGCAAGUCUGCAUCCAACCUCACGGAACUGCAGGGUGACAGGCAGGUUCCCUCCAGAACCUUGAGCAGCUUCUUCACAGACCCGGAGAAGCCGGGUGGCUCAGAGAGAAGAACCAGACGCUGGAGGAGCCCCAUCCGGGCCAAGGACUUCGACAGAGUCCUGAGACUGGUGAGCAAUGUCAAGGAUGCGGCUUGGAAGAGGGAGGCCCCCAGGAGUGCAGCCCCUGGCCCUGGUCCCGGUCUCGGGGAUGAGAACCCACUACUUGCGCCACGAAGCAAGCUACACGAUGACUACUCGCGUCGUACUAGCAGCAGCGUGGAGCCAGAUGCCAGGCGUGGCGGCUCACCCUGUAUCCCUGCACCAUGCACCACUGCGCCCUACGCAGCUCCAGAGCCCCACUUAGAUGUGGAUACUGCAGUAUUCCCCCUGGAAACUAAAAGUGCUCAGCCACUGGGAAAUGAUGGACCUCGUGCCAGCAGUCCCUCACCAAUCCCCACGGACCCAGAAGGGUUGAGCCAAGGCUCCAGUGAGGCACAUACUGGCAGCCAACAUCCUUUUAAUCCCGUGCAGCUUCCCACUCCUCUGAGACCUACCACACCCAAGCCCCAAAGCCCUCAGAGCCCAGGGAGUACUAAGUGCCCCAGUAGUCUGAGUGUGCUGUCCCUCAGUUCAGCGGACAGUGAAGAGCGGACUGAGGAUGCUUCGCACAGGCAACCGGGACCCGUGUCCCUCCAGGAUACUGUCCUUAACGCUGCUGGUGAUGUGGGGGGAGAAAGCGGUGACAGCUAUUUUCCCGAGAAUCUCGAUGGAGCCACCCAUCCAGAAGAGAAGAAGGAAGAGGUCCUGGUGACUGAGGAUGACUGGCCGCAGGGCUCAGCCCUGGAGGAGGAGCAGAAUGAGGCGCCUCGAAUCUCCAGGAGGAGGUGGGGCUCGGGACGCCGCACCCGGCCACGACCACUGUCUGACUAUGGCCAGCUGGCCGGCAGAAGCUUGUCCAUUCCUGAAGAUGCCAUUGCUGCAGACCCUCCAGAUGAGGACCACGUGGACAGGAUGCACCCAGCAAGUGUGACUACCACCAGCCAGGAUCCAUGCGCCCCCUCAGGCUCUUGCAGGGGAGGCCGGAGAAGGCGACCUAUAUCUGUGAUUGGAGGGGUCAGCUUCUAUGGCAACACCCAGGUAGAGGAUGUGGAGAACCUCUUGGUCCAACCAGCAGCCAGGCCUCCUGUGCCUGCACACCAAGUUCCACCCUACAAGGCUGUGUCUGCCCGCCUCCGGCCCUUCACCUUCUCUCAGAGCACUCCCAUCGGGCUGGACCGCGUGGGGCGGCGACGGCAGAUGAAAACAUCCAAUGUCUCUUCAGAUGGAGGUGCGGAGUCUUCGGCCUUAGUGGAUGAUAAUGGUAGUGAGGAAGACUUCAGCUAUGAGGAGCUCUGCCAGGCCAACCCUCGGUACCUGCAGCCAGGAGGGGAACAGCUGGCCAUCAAUGAGCUCAUCAGCGAUGGCAGCGUGGUCUGUGCAGAAGCACUGUGGGACCAUGUGACCAUGGACGACCAGGAGCUGGGCUUCAAGGCUGGGGAUGUCAUCCAAGUUCUGGAAGCUUCUAACAAGGACUGGUGGUGGGGCCGGAAUGAAGACAAAGAGGCCUGGUUCCCUGCAAGCUUUGUUAGGCUUCGAGUCAAUCAGGAGGAGCUGCCCGAGAACUGCAGCAGCUCCCAUGGGGAAGAGCAGGAUGAGGACACCAGCAAAGCCCGCCACAAGCACCCAGAGAGCCAGCAGCAGAUGCGGACCAACGUCAUCCAGGAGAUAAUGAACACCGAGCGAGUGUAUAUCAAGCACCUGAAGGACAUCUGCGAGGGCUAUAUCCGACAGUGUCGUAAGCACACGGGAAUGUUCACCGUUGCGCAGCUAGCCACUAUUUUUGGAAACAUUGAAGACAUUUACAAAUUCCAAAGAAAGUUUCUGAAAGACCUUGAGAAACAGUACAACAAAGAGGAACCUCACUUGAGUGAAAUAGGAUCCUGCUUUCUUGAGCACCAAGAGGGCUUCGCCAUCUACUCUGAGUACUGCAACAACCACCCAGGCGCCUGUGUGGAGCUGUCCAACCUCAUGAAACACAGCAAGUACCGGCACUUCUUCGAGGCCUGCCGCCUGCUCCAGCAGAUGAUCGACAUCGCCCUGGACGGCUUCCUCCUCACGCCUGUGCAGAAGAUCUGCAAAUACCCGCUGCAGCUGGCUGAGCUGCUCAAGUACACCACACAGGAGCACGGCGAUUACAACAAUAUAAAGGCAGCCUAUGAAGCCAUGAAGAACGUGGCCUGCUUGAUCAAUGAACGCAAGCGCAAGCUGGAGAGCAUCGACAAGAUCGCCCGCUGGCAGGUGUCCAUCGUAGGCUGGGAGGGCCUGGACAUUCUAGACCGAAGCUCUGAGUUGAUUCAUUCCGGAGAGCUGACCAAAAUCACCAGGCAGGGCAAGAGCCAGCAACGCAUCUUCUUCCUUUUCGACCACCAGCUGGUGUCCUGCAAGAAGGACCUGCUGCGCAGGGACAUGCUAUACUACAAGGGCCGCAUGGACAUGGACGAGGUAGAGCUUGUGGACGUGGAGGAUGGGCGGGACAAAGACUGGAGCCUCAGCCUGCGGAAUGCCUUCAAGCUGGUCAGCAAAGCCACGGACGAGGUCCAUCUGUUCUGCGCCAGAAAGCAAGAAGACAAGGCCAGGUGGCUGCAGGCCUAUGCGGACGAGAGGCGGCGGGUGCAGGAGGACCAGCAGAUGGGUAUGGAAAUCCCAGAAAAUCAGAAGAAACUCGCCAUGUUGAACGCUCAGAAGGCAGGACAUGGGAAAUCUAAAGGCUACAACAGCUGUCCCGUGGCCCCACCCCACCAGAGCCUGCCGCCCCUUCACCAGCGCCACAUCACUGUGCCCACCAGCAUCCCGCAGCAGCAGGUCUUUGCCUUGGCUGAGCCCAAGAGGAAGCCAUCGAUAUUCUGGCACACUUUCCACAAACUCACCCCCUUCCGGAAAUGAGCCUUACCCAGGGCGUGCCUCUGAGGUACUGUGGGGAGGAAGACCAGCUUUGUCACUUCAGCGUGAUGUCCGGGGAUGGCUUCUUGCUCAGUGCUGAACACUUCAUUUGGGGAUCGAUGAAGGGGAGAAGAAGUUGGACUCAGCUUUGACCUUGAAAGGCCCCAGCACCCUUGUCGAAGGAAGGAACCAUGAAGCACUGUUCUGUCCCACACUGGAAGCCACACUCUCCGGUGGCCAUGAUAUAAGGACCAGGGCUUCUCUGUAUGGAGACUGCUGACUCAGUUUCCCACUGACGGUCACACUCCUCCAGUUCCGAACAGUAUCAGGAGCCUUUCAGUUCCUCAGGAGCAACUACAUUGAGGACAGCUUCUGUGUUUGAUCUUAAAGGAGACUCAUUGACAGGAGUUGGUAGGAUGUUGGCAGCCAUGGGAUGACCUGGGUCUGGUCAGGCCCUGAAGAGACCAUGAAGGAACUAGAGCCAAUGGAGCAGGUGCCCAUAGUUCUCCAAGGUGUCACAGAUGCCAAGCUAGAGUGUAGGUCUCAUCCUGCAAGGUUCCUUACUCUCAAGAGAAUCGGGAGGCACCUGCUGCCCUGGCAGUGCCGGGGAUGAUAGCAUCCUCAGGGCAGUGCCACUUUCCAGACAGGUGGGAAGGCUGCUGCCACCUGACUUGUCCCUUCAAACAGCGGUCACGCCUUGCUCACCCCUCACAACCUAAGAACCUGCCAUCCGCAGAAGUACGGGUGAUGUGAAACGUGUAACUUUGAUAAUGUGACACUGCAUCUUCAGCGGCCCUUUGUAUCACUGGUGGGAUGAAGAAGGCACAUCCACAGAGAAAACCAGGGCAAAACCAUCCUGCUUCCUGGGGAAAUGGACACGCCUCUGUCACGUGACCCUGAAACAGUAGUAAAUCGAGAAUGGUCUUGAUGGCUCCUUAGCUCUGAGAGAGCUGACUCUUAAUGAGGGCCACAGGAGCUGACACCCACAGAGAGCAACCUUUCUCUGUUGACACUGUGUUUGUUAGUUGAUGAAAAUGCCUUUUAACUCGACCUAAGGGAGACUGGUUCUGCAUUUGAAUCUGCACAGCGGGCUGGCCAGGAGGGGUCCUGCCGUGUGGCUAGUGUGUUCCUUUGGACGUGAUCUUGUAUGCGGGUUUUGUGCAAGGUUCUCGCCUCUCAUCAGCUCUCGCUUGAGGAUAAGCAAGUCCGCAGUGUCAGAGAUGAAGGUAUUGGUCCGUCAGCACAGUUCACCGUGUCUCCACAUCUAUGCCUGAAACAAGUCACAUCACAGCUAAUAACCUUGACCCUGGGCCUGGGAUCAACCUCAACCCUGCUGUGCACCUUGGCAUGGUCACUUAUAGGCAGCACUGCUGAGGACUGUAGUCAGUGCCCCCCAUCCCCCGCAGGUGUGUCUGUGUGCUAUGAAGUGGUUCAGGUGUACAGAGCAUGCGCCGUGUGUGUGUGUGUGUGUGUGUGUGUGUGUGUGUGUGUGUGUGUGUAAGAGGGUGGCAGGGAGGGAGACGGAGGCCUCAACUUCACUGCAUUUAUAUAACUGACAGGUUUGGUUGGUUGGUUGGUUUCUUGUUUGUUUUCUAAUAGAAUGUCAGGAUAUAUUUUUAGAAACCAUACUUUGGGUACUUUUCUGUGCUCCAGUGUGUGUGUGCAGCAAUUCUCACAGUUGUAUUGUUAAUAUGAAAAUUGCUUUAAAGAAGUGAAUAGUCUUUGGUCCUGUUCAUUUUCACUGCGGAUUCCUCUUGAGUCAGACCCGCUGCAGGCUCCAUUUGCUGUUACAGCUGACGACAGUGAAGAAGGCUAUGUUUGUGACCGGUCCUAAUAGAAUUCCCAGCUGCCCUAACUUCCAGUUCCCACCACCUCCACAGAGCCCCCUAACAAUCCCGGAUAUCAGGACGUGUUUAUAUUGAGUCACAUUCAAGACCUGGGCUGGCCCCGGGUGAUUUUAUACAGCCUGAGAAGUGCUUGAUCAAAUAAAGUCUGACCCAGGUGACUUACUUGGGAUUUCUGGGUGAUUUUGAAAACUAAUGUGUUUUUAAAAGAUGUAAUAGCCUUUGACUUUGUAAAACUCUGUAUGUCAGUAUGCAUUUUAUUACCAAAUACAGAAUGUGGAGGACCUUUAGUAGUUUUUAUUUUCAGUUCGCCAAACUUCCUUUUUGAUGUAAGGCAUGUGCUCUACUUUGGAAGGAAAUAGAAACAACAAAGAACCUCCUGCCCAGACGGCUCACGAACAUCCCCUCCCUCUCCCUCAAUGGGCCAAAUAAUAUUGGUGAUUUAAAAUGUUGAUGAAUUCAUUUGUUCUAUUUUUAGCGUAUUUUUAGCAUUCCAGAAUUUGCCAGCUCUGUUCACGUGAUAGAGAAGGCCUCCCUGGCUUAGAUUGUACCUAUAACGUGUAGGCGUCGUGUGGUAGGUAAAAAGUGAUCACAACACUUGAAGGUGUAGAGAAAGAAAGAACAUUCCAGCAGCUGAUUGGGCUUGUGUGAGCGUUUGAUGCCGGCCCCUAGCUCCUGUCACCUGCUCUGGUCUUCCUUGCCUCUCGCGCGUGGUAGAUCCACCCCUGCAGGUGAGAGCCACCACCGCCACUGUUUCUAACUACUGUGCCUUUUACUGUCCAAUCUAUUGAAGACUGAUUCCUCAUCCUGCGUCGCUGUUAUUACAUGCAAAGCAUAAAGUGUAUUUAAUUUGAAACCUGGUUCAAAGCGCAAGUCUUUUUUUUUUUUUUUUUAAGCACCAGCGCUCCAGCAUUGUGUGCUUGUGGGGAUCUGUAACUGGAUUGCUGAUGUUUCUCAGGACAAAUUAGUCCUUUUUUCCAGCCAGAGUUUCCUGGAGCCAGGGCAUGGUUUCUGCAUUACGGCUUCAUCACAGAUAGGAAAAGCAGAAGUGUCCUCAGGCCAGUGCCAAGAAAUAUAAGUCAGUGCCUUUCAGCUGACAGGCAGGAUGCUGGGCACAUUGUGCCCACAGAUUGUUCCUUCUCAGGACCCGGGGAAAGGGGCGCUUGAAAGAUUUAGGACAAAGUAAGUGGAAACCUCUAGCCAGUCUUAGAGAGGGGAAAGAAACAUCAGCUUAUAUAAUGUAUGUAAAUUUGCUAAGCCACCCCAUGUACCUACCACAUUAUUGCCUUUACUGUUCUCCUGGGCAUUGCCAAUUGUAUUUAGAAAGUACUUUGAGCCAAUUCUAUAAUUUAAUUGGUCCUCUUUUGGGGUACAUAUUGGUGCCCACUGUGCAUGACUUGCCGAUCUUGGCUAUGCUUUUGAUGAUAACAAAUCCAGGCUGCGGUGCUGUGGUCUGUAAGAGUCAAGCUGCUGAGCUGGUGGGCUGCCUUUGACCCUGAAAUAGGACCCGCGUGCUAGACGUGCAUCUUGGCUGAAUGAAGGGUUUAUUGGUUUUUAGUGUCUUUUUGUUCUUAAAAAAAUACUGUUAUUUGAUUUCUUGUAAAUGCUGUGAAUCUCUAUUUGUCAUUUUGUAUUUGUAUAUUAAAAUUAAUUUGCCAAGCUGG